UUCAAACACAGACUUCCUGGCAGACAAUAUCGGGACAGCGAAAAUUCACCCAACAGAAACAUCCGAAGCAAUGACAGCAAUUGUGUUUUUCAUUCUUAUCUCUAUAUCAUGUUCACAUCAAUUAACUGGCCCCGGGGAUGUUCAUGGAGAAGUAGGAGGAUCAGUCACUGCUGAGUGCAAAUAUCAUCAGAGCUGCAAGGAAAAUGUGAAAUACUGGUGUAAAGGUUAUCAUUACAUCCGUUGUUCUAUUAUUGUUUCAACUGAUAACCCACAAAGUGGAAGAGUAUCAAUGACCGAUGACAAAAAGCACAACAUAUUGUCCAUAACCAUGGACAACCUGAUGAAGAGUGAUGAAGGACGAUACUGGUGUGUUAUAGAAAGAUUUUUCCCAAAUGAGAGGGUUUCGUUCAAAUUAGAAGUUUUUGAAGUGCCUACAUGGAGCUCGACAAUGGGACCAACCAGCAGCAUCGCAGGAACUACUCAGUCUCAUGUUACAAUGGAUCUGACCACAUCCUCUGCCACCAUCAGCUCAACCAGUGAAGAAAAUCUCCCAUUGGAUCUUAUGGCGUCAUGGCAAGUUAUUCUAGUCGUUGUGGUACUGAUCAUCAUCGUUCUGCUCGCUGCUGCUGUUAUUCUUUACGUAAAAUUAAAACAGCAGAAGAAAAGUGUCACAGUUGAACGGAAUGCAGCUGGCUUUGGUAGUCUUGCUUCCUCCGUCACGGAGGAUACAACUGUGAUGUAUUCCACUGUGAAAGUGGUACCCAAAGCUGACUUGGAAAGUACUUACAUUAACCUGCAGGAUCUUCAAUGUCAAGGAACAGCUAAAGACCAAAGUUCUUCAGACUCUGUAGAAUAUUCCACGAUUGUCUUCAGAUCACAACGAAAUAAUCCAAAAGAGGAGCCACGUGUGCUUUCUCCAGGCAAUGUCAACAAUAUGUCAAUGAUUCAGCACAGACCAUUAAAGAGACACAGAGAUACAUGUAUAACACAGAAAACUGUGGAUAACUUCACUGGAACCAUGAAGUUCACUGCACUGCUGGUCCUCAGUCUGAUAUCAACUUCAUGGACAGAAAUCACAUGGACAGUGUUGAAAGCUGCAGCAGGGAAAAAUAUCACUGUCAAAUUCCCGUGGAAAUGGAAUCAAAGAGAUGUUGCAAUCUGGUGUAAAACAUAUUCGGAAACUCGCUGCAAUGUUAUAGCAAGCUUUAAGAAGGGUAUGAACAAAAGUUUUCAAAGUAAAACAUCCAUCUCUGAAGCACAUGGGUCAAUUUUUAUUACCAUGCAACCUCUUUGGAAGAAUGAUACAGGAACAUACUGGUGGGGAGCAGCAGAUCAACAGUCCAUCAUUGUUUCAGAUGGUACAUUAUUGAAGGUUUUUACAGAUUCAGAGGAAUCCAUCCCAACAGAGAUCAAUAAUGUAAUGGAAAAUACCACAACUGUUUCGUGUCUGUACACACAACAGGAGGAGAUAGACUAUAAGAAAUUCUUUUGUAAAGUAACCUCUGUAAAUAAGUGCACUGUUAUCGCCGAUUCAAACAAAAAUAUAGGAAACGAGUAUAAAGGGAGAGUUUCAAUCAUGACAAACAAGUCUCAAAAUUUUACAAUCACCAUGAGUAAUACAAGUAAAGCAGAUGAAGGACAGUACUGGUGUGGAUCAGUAAAAAUAGAUGACGUAAAGAUCACACAGGUUAAAAACCUGACAAUUGCUAGUGAGGGGAUUCCAGCAGUUUCCAUUGACACCCCAAGCAAUAUCACUCCGCAAAAAUGGUACAUCAUCCUUGCUGUUUUGUUGGGACUGUUAAUCUUAUCGCUGCUGAUUCUGUUUACGUGGAAAAGAAAAGUGACAAAACGAGCAGGAAAUGAGGCUAAAAAUGAAAAUCCAGAAAUCCCAGACAUGACUAGAAAGUCUGACAGGGAAAUGGAAGACACUGUCAUUCAUUCCACUAUGACCCUUCAAUCAUCUGCUCAAACAAAGGAAGAUUCUGUAACUUAUGCUAAUUUAAAGGAUUUGAAACAGCAAAAAGAGAACAUCAACAUCAAUGCUUCAGAAUCAGUGGAGUAUGCAGCACUGCAAUUCAAAUCAUAGAGUUAUUACCUCCUGGACUAAAGAUGAUGUUCUAUGAAUGCCUUAAAAUCUUUAUUUAAAAAAUAUAGUCAGCAACAGGAAUAGUCAGCAAGUCAAGCAGCACCACAAAGAGAAACCUUACAUCCUCUGGGAGCAGAUCGGCAGCCAGGGACGACUAUGAAGUCUGGGGUCAAACCGAUCACCAUUGGUAUUUUGCAAGCAAGGGGGUGGUGUCAGUCUUGAACCAAGUAAGGGCCAAUAGUCAGAGUUUGCAGCAUUGCAUCCACAUCACUCAAACAUGUAUCUAGCCCAAGAAUUGAGUACUUGACUCAUGGCUUUAGAUGAUCAUUUUACACCACUGCAUAUAAAUACAUUUAGAAUGGUGAGACAGCUCUCACCUCUAUCAUCCUUUCAGGCUCUGAAUUUCCAGAGACCCACCACUGAGUAAACACGGUUUUCUUUUAGACCCACCUAAAUCUCCUGCUCCUUAUCACGGUCCCACACCCCCUGGUUAUUGACCCCUCUUCUACUUUUUAAUCUACUCUCAAUUUUCUACA